GUUGCUGAUUACAUCCCUCAACUGGCCAAGUUCAGUCCAGAUUUGUGGGGAGUGUCAGUGUGUACAGUGGAUGGACAGAGGCAUUCUAUUGGAGAUACCAAAGUUCCCUUUUGUCUUCAGUCCUGUGUAAAGCCCUUGAAAUAUGCCAUUGCUGUAAAUGACCUUGGAACAGAAUACGUGCAUCGAUAUGUUGGAAAAGAGCCUAGUGGAUUAAGAUUCAAUAAACUUUUCCUGAAUGAAGACGAUAAGCCUCAUAAUCCUAUGGUGAAUGCUGGAGCAAUUGUUGUAACUUCGUUAAUAAAGGAUUGGUGGUGAUCUCAGGAAAUGGGGGAAGAGGCAAAGGAAUUGUUCAAAAGGAUUAGCAGAUUGUGGAAAGAGGAGAAUUUGGACAGAAGGAACCUGUUGCAUAUAUACUUAACUACUAAGCUUAUAGGAAAACUCCAAUUUUUAAAAAUUUAAAACAAAGCUUACAUAGGUAAA